AAUCAACGGGACUCGAGUCUCGACCCGUCGCGGUUUCGUCAGCCGCUGCUGUUGAUAAGUGAAAUCAUUAUUUACUGAGCUGCCCGCGCGUACGUGCUGCAGCUACCAGUGAAUGAAUUGUUUUACCUGAUUAGCGUUUUUAGUGUGCCCCAGAAAUGUCAGAGAAAAGAAAAGGCAAGCGACGACGGGACGAUGAGUUCAGCUUAGAUCCCGAAACCGCGGACAAGCCGACAAAACAGGAAUACGCUGUUGCCAAAUGGUUGCGCAAAAACGUUCAACACAAAAAGACCAAAUUUGCCGGACAUAAUGUCGAGUAUUUCACAGGAAGCAAGGCGGUCGAUAGUCUCCUCGACUCGAAAUGGACCACCAGCGAGAAAUUGUUUUCCACACGACUUGAGAUAGAACUUUAUUUGGAUUCGAUGUUGAAACAUCAGUUUUUUCAUCGUGCUAAAAAAGUACCUAUUUCCGAUCAAGAACUGAAAGCGAUGAAAAAUAAAAAAUCUAAAAAAGCUGUUGAUACCGAUAAAGAAGACAAGAAAAAAACAGACAAAAAGAAAAAAGACAAGAAAGACGAUGAAAGUGAAGAAACCAGUAAAGACGAUAAAAAUGAAGAGGAAAAAAAUAAAGCCAGUGAAGGUGAACGUAAAAAGAAAAGCCGCAAAAUUCGAUUAGAAAUGCACAUGGAACAAGCUUUUGUUGACAACCUGGAUGCUUAUGUAUGGAUUUACGAUCCCAUUCCCUUUUAUUAUUGGGUUAUCGGAACUUUAAUUGUAUUUGGCGGGAUUGGGAUAUGUUUGUUUCCACUGUGGCCGCCACAAGUCAGGAUGGGAGUACAGUACUUAAGCAUAGCUGCGGCAGGUUUUCUCAUAUUCAUUAUUGUGUUGGCUAUCCUCAGAUUAGUAUUGUUUAGUUUACUUUGGAUUUUAACAACGGGCAAGCUACACUUCUGGUUGUUCCCAAAUUUAACAGAAGAUGUGGGUUUCUUUGCUUCGUUUUGGCCUAUUUACACAUAUAGUGUUUAUUCUAAGAAAACUCACAAAAAAGGCAAAAAAAAGAAAGAAAAAUUAUCAGACGACGAGGACGAAGAUGAUAAAAAAUUAGAUGAUGGUGAUGAAUUGAAAAAAUCAUCCGAAUCAGAAGCUGACGACAAAGCUUCAGAAACCAAACAAUCCGAACCUGAAAACUUAACCUCAGAUCCAAAAGCUGAUCAGUUGGAGCAUCCAAAAUCUUCAGAAGAUUCAUCUUCUACCGACACAGAAUCAAGUAGCCAGCAAUCGCAUACCGGUAAUGAUUUUGUGAUGGUGGACAAACAAGAUGCCCAAGACACGUAAUUAAGUAAAUGUUUCAAGUGCACCCCCGCUUUUGUUUUUUAAACAAAUAAUCUGUUGAUUUUAUUUUUGUUUUCAGAUAAAAAUAACAAAUCCCUUUAUUGAUGUUUUCCAAUAGCAUUUGCUAUUUAUAUGCUACCUAUAUAAUUUUAAAUUAAUAUCAAUAUAUGUAUUGUUUAACUGUUAUCCUAUUAUAACUUAUCUAAUAAAGUGCAUUAUUAUUUUUA